AUGAAUCGGUCAUUGGCAGCAAACUUCAGUGGAGUCCCAGCAGCCUUGAACAGGUCCAUUCAGGCCACUAAGGCAGAAUUCCGUCUGCUAGGCAGAAGUGGCUUGAGGGUGUCCAACCCAAUCUUCGGUGGAGCCCAAGUUGGCACCUCACAAUGGCUACCAUGGGUGCUUGAUGAAGAAAAGGCGCUUCCAUUGUUAAAGUAUGCAUACGACAAAGGGAUCAACACAUGGGAUACGGCGAACAUCUACUCGAACGGACAGUCUGAAAGAGUUAUGGGAAAAGCAGUGCAAACAUACAACAUCCCUCGUCGCAAGCUCACUAUUAUGACCAAAUGCUAUCGCGUGACAUGCGAUCCGGAGAACUUUGACGCUGCGUCUCGAGUAGCUAUGCAUGGCGAUCUUGCAGACCAAAGUAAGGACUACAUAAACCAGUGGGGGCUCUCAAGAGGUGCCAUAUUCAAUGCAGUUGAAGACUCGCUCGAAAGACUCAAUACGCCUUACAUCGAUGUGCUGCAAAUCCAUCGUUACGAUCCCACUGUUGCACCUGAGGAAACGAUGCAAGCACUCCAUGACCUGGUGAAGUCUGGCAAGGUGCGGUAUUUAGGCGCUAGCUCUAUGUGGGCAUAUCAGUUCGCAACCUUACAGCACACCGCGGAAAAGCGUGGCUUCACGAAAUUUGUCGCCAUGCAAAAUCACUACAGCUUGUUGUAUCGCGAAGAGGAACGUGAAAUGAAUCAGUUCUGUAAGGAAACUGGAGUUGGAGUAAUCCCGUGGGCACCAUUGGCUGGCGGUCAGCUUGCGCGCGCGCCGGGACAGAACAGACAAACAUUGCGGUCUUCUGUCAACAAGAACGGAGCGUUCUACCACAAUGAUAGCACCAACUCACAGGAAAUAAUACAACGGGUAUGCGAAGUUGCAAGACGACGCAAUUGGCCAAUGAGCCAUGUGGCCUUAGCAUGGUUGAACCGUCGUGUAACGGCCCCAAUAAUAGGUUUCAGCAGUGUCGAGCGAAUUGACGAGGCAUUAGCGGCAAGGGGCAAGGCGCUGACUGAUGAAGAAGAACAUUAUUUAGAAGAGGCGUACAAACCACAAGGAGUACUAGGACACCACUGAAAC